AUGGAAGACAUUGAUCAUUAUAAUAUUCCAAUUUACAAUUUCCCAUUUGAUGUUGAAGAAGAUGAUGAAGAGACCGUUCUCUUACCUUUCGCCAUUAUUGGCAGUGAAGAAGAGAUUAUUGUUAAUGGAAGAGCCGUUCGUGGACGUCAAUAUCCAUGGGGCAUUGUCGAAGCUAUACAUAUUAAUUUUGUAUAUUUAUUUCAUAGGGACACUGCUAUUUCAUCCAAAGAUCUUGCUACUCAAAGCGUGCGGAUAAAGGAGGAACAAUUGAAAAGAGAAGAAGAGAAAUUGAGAGAAAUUGAACUAAAAGUUCAACGAGAAAUCUCUGAAAAGAGACAGGAACUUUUAGCUAAAGAAGAAGCCUUGAGAAACUUGGAAGCAAG